CAGCGCACAGAAGCAGACACAAGAACCUCCCCCCCAGUUUCAAACAUUUCUUGUUCAACCCAUCCUCAUCCUUCCCGUACUGUGUCGUGGUUACAACAGUUCGUUGGGACAUUAUUCCUUUCUGAAUCCCCAGCCCGGCGCAGAAGGCCUGGCACCGGUGAGUUCUCCGUCAACAGGUACUGGGUGGAUUUGGGGCAAGUCUGGGAGAGUGUGUGGAAAGGGAAGAAGCAUCCGGGAGGAAGCAAGUUGCCUUGGCUCCAAGCUGCCGAGGAAGGGCCUCUAGGGAGCCUGGCAGUCGGCCUGGGGGAGUGUCACAGUGAGCAGGACAGAAGCAGCCGUCCAACAGGCUGGUUGGAAGGACGCUCCCCCGGCGCAGCUGCGGUGGCGCGGGGGAUUUCGCUUCGGGAGGGACCGGGACCGCCCCGUCUCCGGCAGCCACGUGGGAAGUCCCGCCGAGCGCGCGGCACCCCAGGGAAGGAGGCGCACGGGACCCCGCGUUCGCCGACUUCUCCCCUGGGCAGGAGGCAGGCGGCGGAGAGAAGCCGGAGGACAGGUCUUCCCGAACCGUGCCCGGGACGGGUUGGACGCACAUCCCUCGGGAGGGACGAAGCUAUGGAGAGACUGGAGCAGAUCAUCUCCUUAUGCAAUCUCAUCUACACAAAGUGUGACGAGAUGAAAUGCUGCCAGAGACAGUGCCAGCGUCUAGCGGUCCGUGUCCAUGGCCUGGUCCCGGCUCUGCAGUUGCUCCAGAAGCAAGGAAAUGGGAACCUGCCCCCUGAGGACAUAACCGCCGCCCUGGACCGUUUCCAGGCUGCCCUGGAGGAGGCUAAGAAGCGGAUAGACGAGUUCAAAGAUACGGCCAAAAUAUGGAAGUUUCUAAAGUCAGGCCAAAACAAAAUACUCUUCAGUGAAGUGAACGAGAAGCUGAGCGAUGCCUAUGAGGCGCUCUCGCUGCUGCUGCAGGCUGACCAGCGGAUGUCCGCUUCAAGUGUGGCCGGAAGAGUGUCCUGGCCACAGGAAGACCAGGAGGACACAGAGGAAGACAUGCGAGCUCUCCAAAGUCUGAGGAGAGAAACUGAAAAUAUAGAAGCUUCACUGAGGCAGCUAGGAAGCACCACGAAAGAAAUAAGGGAAGCCUUGAAGCAGUCUUUGGAAUCGUCCUCUGGGAAAUCGCCACUGGCAAGAUCACGUUUGAAGGUGAAGAAUGUGAAGGCUGGCUUGGCUGGCUAUGAUUCUAAGACGAUCCUCCAGUUGGUGGUUGUGGGCCGGCAGCUGGAGCCACUGGGUAAAGAUUGCCUUGAAGAGCUGCGGAAGAUCAUUGAUGGGUGCCGAGCCUAUGAGCCCUCCGCACGGCCCUCCGUGGAUGAAAUCUUAAAGAAACUGGAGGCCCUAACUAAAGCCUUUACUAAGUAGCAUAUCAAAACCAGAACCAAACAGUCCUUGGACAAGAAGCUGGAAGAGACAUGCACCGGACAUCUCUCUCAUAUCCUUUGGCAUCAAGUUAUUUAUGGUUCCUGGGGGGCAGCACUUCUCGUUUACAAAUAGAAAGCAAUUUCUGUCAUACAGGACACAUCCUACUCCAAAUGUUAUUUUAAAAAAUACACUUCUGAUAGUAAUUUUGAUAGAGGGUUUGCAAAAAUGUAUCUCUGUGUCCAUACCUCUUGGCAAUGUAACUUUACAGCUCCUUACAUCAAGAAGUGGAGUCUAUUUCCCCACCAUUUGAAUCUGGGCUGGCCUUGUGACUUGAUUUGGUCGAUAGAAUGUGGAAGAAGCCAUGGUGUGCCAUUUCCAAGCCUAGGCUUAAAGAUGCCUUACCAAUGUCUGCUCUCUUUCUUGGAGCCCUACCCAGCCAUGAACAAGUUGGGCUAGGACGCUGUAGGAUGAGAGACCAUAUGGAACGAACAGAAACAAGCUUUCCUAGCUGAGACCACACUAGACCAGCCAACCUGGCAGCUGACCUGAUUACAUGAGUGAUCCCAGUCAAGACCAGAAGAAUCACCCAGCUGAGUCCAGCCCAAAUUGCCCAUUCACAAAAUCAUGAACUAAAUAAAUUUGUGUUUUCUUAAA